CGGUUUACUAUUUAAGAUAAAGAAGUCUUUUCAUUUUUCCAAACAAGAAGCCAUGUCUUCAACUUGGACACUAACAAUUAUCCUCUUAGUCUCUUCUCUCCUUACCUUGUUGCCGAUCGUAACCGGCGAUGAAAACCACCAUCUCCACCCACUAGACCCUCUAACCCCAUCGGAAAUCAACCAGGUCCAAACCAUUAUCAAACAAACAUUCAACACCACUUCCAAAGACAACAUAACCUUCCAUUACGUAGGCUUAGACGACCCAGACAAACCAACUCUCCUCUCAUGGCUAUCCAAUAAUCCUUCCAACACAACACUUCCUCCUCGUCGAGCCUUCGUCAUCGUCCGGCUCGACCGAAAAUCCCACGAGCUCAUCGUCGAUUUAUCGUCCAAUUCAAUAGUCUCAAAAAAUGUUCACGAAGGCCAUGGCUAUCCUUUGUUUAAUUUGGAAGAGCAAAAACUUGCCCGUAUGUUACCACUAACCUAUGAACCAUUUAUCGAAUCGAUUAAUAAGAGAGGGCUUAAUGUAUCGGAGGUUGACUGCUAUGGAUUAACUGAGGGGUGGUACGGAGAAGAAAAUAGUAGAAGGGCGCUAAAGUUUACAUGCUUCUACAUGAAUGGAACAACUAAUUUUUUCAUGAGGCCAUUGGAGGGAAUAACAUUGGUGGUGGAUGUUGACGAACUAAAGAUAGUUGAGUACCAUGAUAGGGUUAGAGUUCCAUUGCCAAAGGCUGAAGGGACUGAGUACCGUUGGUCUUUGCUCAACCAACCUUUAGGUGAUCCACAUUUGAACCAUUUUUCCUUUGACCAACCUGAGGGUUCAGGGGUCAAGAUUGAAGGUCACGUUGUUAGAUGGGCAAAUUGGGAAUUCCAUUUGGGAUUUGAUGCAAGAGCUGGACCAGUUAUAUCGUUGGCAUCAAUUUACGACCGAGAGCAGGGAAAAUACCGUGCAGUAAUGCACAGAGGAUCAAUAUCAGAGCUGUUUGUACCGUACAUGGAUGAAACAGAGGAAUGGUACUACAAAACCGUAUUCGACGUGGGAGAGUAUGGAGCUGGUCAAUCGGCAUCUUCACUUGCUCCUUCAGCCGAUUGCCCUCCCAAUGCUGUUUUCUUUGAAGGUUACUUCGCUGGGAGAGACGGUAAGCCUGUUCAUGUGCCUAAUGCUAUCUGUAUUUUUGAGCACCAAUCUGGCAACAUUUUGUGGCGUCACACUGAAGCAGAACUCCCUGAAACUGUAACAGAGUCCAGGGCAGAGGUGAGCUUGGUGGUAAGGACAGUGAUGACUGUAGGGAACUAUGACUAUAUAUUUGAUUGGGAAUUCAAGCCAAGUGGCUCUAUUAAAAUUGGGGUUGGGCUAACCGGGAUACUAGGAGUAAAGGGAGCAGAAUAUACCAACACAGACCAAAUAAAAGGAGAUGUCCAUGGUGUAUUGCUAGCAGAUAAUGUUUUGGGUAUCAACCACGACCACUUCUUCGUCUUCUAUCUCGACCUCGACAUAGAUGGUGAAUCAAAUUCCUUUGUGAAAAAUAACCUUGUCACCAAACGAGUCACAAAUGAUAACUCACCCCGGAAGAGUUACUGGACCGUUGAGAGUCAGACCGCAAAAACUGAGUCUGAUGCUCGAGUUAAGCUGGGUUUAGAGCCAUCCGAGUUAGUUGUGGUUAACCCCAAUAAGAAAACCAAACCAGGAAAUAAUCAUGGUUAUCGUAUAAUUCCCGGUUCACUUUCUAGUAUUUCUCUUCUAUCAGAGGAUGAUUAUCCACAAAUUCGAGGUGCAUUUAGUAGAUAUAAUGUGUGGGUUACACCUUAUGAUAAAUCUGAAAAAUGGGCAGCUGGACAAUAUGUGGAUCAUAGCCGAGGUGAUGAUACCUUAGCAGUUUGGAGCCACAGGAAUAGAGAGAUUGAAAAGAAGGACAUAGUGCUGUGGUAUACAUUAGGUUUUCAUCAUGUGCCUUGUCAGGAAGACUUUCCGGUGAUGCCAACUCUUAGUGGUGGGUUCGAGCUCCGACCAACCAAUUUCUUUGAGAGGAAUCCAGUGCUUAAAGUGAAUCCUCCUACCACUAUGUAACAUGGUCUAGGUUCACUAAAAAAGCUUGGUUAAUUUAAUAUUAUAAAAUUUCCGACAACAAGGAAAGGGUACCAAAUUAUGAUAUUUCUUACAUGUUUUUAUUAUUCUAAUCAGCCAAGCUAGUAAUUAUAAGAUGAGAGUUGAUCUUAGUUCUUUAUUGCCA